AUGAGCUGGAAAGCUGGCUUCUGGGCCUUCGCCCGCGAUGACCGUGUUGUGUUGCUCGGCAUUGCCCUGGCCGCAUUUAGUGUGUUCAACACCAUGACGACAGUUCUGGCCAUGAUUCGAGAUGACAACGAAAUACCUCCAGCAGAGCCCAAAACACAAUACAUCACCCAAGACACAGAGGACGCUCUCCAGCUUCAAACGCUGACCAAGCUUCUGGAGCAUCCCAACUUCUCAAUACGCGACAUCGCCACCAAGAUUCUCUGUGACAGGGCUGUCAAUGACCCGGGCGCCAUGACACAUCUGCUAUAUGGUAUCACCGUAAAAAGCUACGAUGAGCGCCUGUAUUGCUUACGCGCUCUAUCGCUGCUGACAAACCAAACGUUUGGCCUGGACGGUUUAUCCAAGUUAAACACCCCAAAAGCAUACUCGGCUCUUGUUCGAUCAUUAGAGCAAAGCCUUGAGGAUGGAGAUGUGCCGCCCAUUGUAACGAACAUCCACUGGGACGAGUAUUAUUUACGCGACACAGCAGAGCGGUUUUGUCUAAAGUUUCUUCAGGAACUAACGAGCAAGUAUGGCGCGAACUUGCUUGUCAAGGCAAAUUUUGUGCAGAAGUGGCUCGUCAAACAACAAUGGGGAGAUACGCCGGACGACCGGAAAAAGCACUUCAAGGCAUAUAAGGAGUUGCGCAGCAACCGUAUUGUCGACAUUAUCAGCAGGGUCGAGCAGUGUCGACGCGGUUUGCGGGCACUAGAAAAGUCCGGGCUGGUAGAAAAGGACAAUUCAAGACGGCGGAUGCGAGAGCUUCCGGAUCUCCUGAUGGAAGUUGGCGACGUGAUAGGCGAGGCGCCUCCGACAGAUAUACAGCUGCGGAGGGCUCGAGAGCAUUCUGCGGAGGAGCGGAGGCUACGGAGACAACAUCGGGAAGCGAUGGUGUUGAAUGAUGGAACGAGGCCACUUGCCCGUGAAGACAUCAUCGAACGAGACCACGGCUCUCCGGCUUGA